GCCGAAGCUGACGUCGCCUGCCAGGUCCAGGCUUCAGUAUGCCAGCGGGGCGUCGCAGCAGGCACAGCCUUCCAGCCUUCCCAAACCUGCCCCCCGGGACAGAGAGAUGAAAAGUAAUUCCGCUCCUGCCAGUUGCCUUACGCGAAGCACGGAAGCGCCUGCUGUCAAGGUUGGGAGUCGUAAACAGCCCUCCUCAAGGCUCUCUACAGCAAUUCCUGUGGCUUCCCGCUCCUCACUGCGGCUUCCGGGAAAAGUGGUUUCGUCCAAGCGUUUUUGCCUUAAUAAAGGAUCAACUACACAGGAGCUGGUGUGCAAUAGGACCCAAGAGCUGAAGGAAAAUGGUGAGAGCAAAGAAAAGCAGGUUGCAGCAAGGAUUGUCUUGGGUGCAGGUAAACCUGACCAGACAUGGUUGUGUGUGGAGUCCUCUUUGUCCAGAGAGUUGGCCCCUGGCCUGACUUCAUGGCAUGAAGAUGCAGGCCCUGCUGAGCGGUCUGCAGGUGAUCAGCUGUCCCAGGAACUGGAGCAUGUGAAGACAGAGCUGGAGCGAGUGAAGGACGAACUUGCUGACAAGACUGCCCAGUGUGAAGCCUAUCAGCAGACAAUCUUCUCCUUGCAGGCUCAGCUCAGAGCAGCAGGGCUUCUGGCCCUCUUUAUGAGCUGGAGCCAUCUCCUACUCUCCUUUGAUGCUGGCUGCAAUGUGCCUUCCUGUUUGCCUUCCUGCUGUUCCUGUUGAGACAUGCACUUGGCUUGUUCCAUGCCUCUGCCUGCUCCCAGCCCUUGGCCUGUGCUGCUGGAUCAGGGCCCUGAAUGAUGGGAAUGGAGAGCAGUAAGACUGGGAGGUACCCUGUAUCUGCUUGUCUGAGACAGGGUUACCCUGCUCGGAGUCCUGCUGUGCCCGUGAUGCUGCCUACCCUGCCCGAGAACAUUCUCGGCGAUGGUGCUGCCCGGCUGAGUCCUUGCCUACAGCUGGUAGGCCUGGAAGGAGUAGAAAGCGUCUGAGUAGUAACAGCCAUGAUGGAACCUCAUGCUGCCUGGAAGUUCCUUCAUCGUGAGAAGUGAACGGAACGGAAUUGAGUUCGCCUGAAGGGGAUCGCACCUCGGACGAGCCGCGCCGCUGUCCCGGCGGGAUGCGACGGCUACCGGAUUGCCGUAGGCACCGGCAUGCAGCGGGUGGCUCCUGCUGCCGCCCGACAUGUUGCUUCUCUACCCAUGCGGAUCUCGAGUCGGGUACUGGAAAUACUUGGAGCAACUGAGCAGCGCUGGGGAAGGCAGCUGGACUUGUCCAGGGCUUUUGACCAGGUGAGCUUCACUGAGAAGACAAGAUGUUGGGGGAAAAAAUGGCCAGUUUUGGGAAGAAGCUGAUCCGUCGGCGCAUGGUGGACCUGACCUCCGAUGACACACAUUUUGCUCGCUGCCUCUCCACACUGGACCUUGUAUCCCUGGGUGUGGGCAGCACGCUAGGGGCUGGCGUGUAUGUGCUGGCCGGGGAGGUGGCCAAGGAGAUGGCUGGUCCUUCCAUCGUCCUCUGCUUCCUGGUGGCUGCUUUCUCAUCUGUACUGGCAGGACUCUGCUAUGCAGAGUUUGGGGCCCGUGUCCCCAAGGCUGGCUCUGCAUACCUCUACACCUACAUUACCGUUGGAGAGAUCUGGGCUUUUAUAACCGGGUGGAACCUCAUUCUCUCCUAUGUGAUAGGUACAGCCAGUGUGGCUCGAGCCUGGAGUGCAGCAUUUGACAACAUCAUCGGCAACCACAUCUCCACCUUCUUCGCCAACAAGAUCCCAAUGCCCAUGCCCGGAGUGCUGGCCAAGCAUCCAGACUUCUUUGCUUUAAUCCUGAUUUUGCUGCUUACUGUACUGCUGGCUUUUGGUGUCAGCGAAUCUGCCCUCGUUAACAAAAUCUUCACAGCCGUGAACUUAUUGGUGCUGAGCUUUGUCAUCAUUGCUGGCUUCAUCAAGGGAGACAUCAAGAACUGGCAGCUUUCAGAGAAGGACUGUGUCAACUUCUCGCUGUCAGACUCACCAGAUGACAUGAAAAAGGCUUUUGGCUAUGGUGGGUUUUUCCCCUUUGGACUGGAAGGUGUCCUGACAGGCGCUGCCACCUGUUUCUACGCCUUUGUGGGCUUUGACUGCAUUGCCACCACAGGGGAGGAAGCCAAGAACCCACAGCGCUCGAUUCCCAUUGGCAUCAUUGUGUCCCUCCUCAUCUGCUUUGUGGCUUAUUUCGGGGUCUCUGCAUCCCUGACUCUCAUGGUACCCUACUUCCUCCUGAACAAGAGCAGCCCUCUGCCUGAGGCUUUCAAGGCAGUUGGUUGGGAGCCCGCCCGCUACGCUGUUGCUGUUGGCUCACUCUGUGCCCUCUCCACCAGCUUGCUGGGCUCCAUGUUUCCCAUGCCCCGAGUGAUCCAUGCCAUGGCAGAGGACGGGCUGCUCUUCAAGUUCCUCUCGCAGAUCCACAGUGGCAGAAAGACCCCUCUGAUUGCCACCUUUGUCUCGGGGUGCUUUGCAGCGGUGUUUGCCCUCCUGCUUGACCUGAAGGACCUGGUGGACCUCAUGUCGAUCGGCACACUGCUGGCCUACUCCCUGGUGGCGGUGUGCGUGCUCAUCCUCCGGUACCAGCCCACUCAGCCAAACUCCCCGAAGGCCAUGGAAAUGCUGGAGCUGAAUGGGAAUGAGGAGGAGAGAGUGAUCAUGAACCCGACCAUCGCUGCUGCCAGUGCCCAGCACAAAGAGACGUUGUCCCUGGAAAUGCUCUUCAACCCACCUGGGGACACCCCCACUGUGCUCUCGGGGCGCAUUGUCUAUGUCUGUGUCGUGGUCAUUGCCACACUGAUCACAGUCAUCUGCCUGGUCCUGACCCUCAAUGUGGCUGCACUGAAGGUUGCCAAUGUGGGCUGUGUUGUGGCUCUGGUGCUGCUCCUCGCGGCUCUGCUCGUUCUCACCAUCAUCAUUUGGAGGCAGCCACAGAACAAUGCACGGUUAAACUUCAAAGUACCUUUCCUCCCACUCCUGCCUAUCUUCAGCACCUUCGUUAACAUCCUGCUGAUGGUACAGCUGAGUGCAGACACCUGGGUGCGGUUUGCUGUCUGCAUGGUUUUGGGUUUUAUUAUUUACUUCACCUAUGGGAUUCGUAACAGCGUGGAAGGGAAAAAUGCAGAAAAAGCCUGUGCCACAGUAGAAAAGCCUCUGCACCAUCCUGGACUGGACCUCAGCCCUGGGGCUGCUGCAAUCUGAGGGCCUGGGGACCAGUGCUUCAUGGACCUCUUUGCCACUUUGGGACAAGAUCAUGAUCUAGAGCAUACAUCCAUCCUCUUUCCUGCAGAGAGUGAGUUCAAGUGAAGUAGUAAGGCCUGAACAACAGGCCCUGGGCUGACCUAGGAUGAACAUUCCAACCAAAUGUAUGUUUCAACUCAUUAAGGAAGUAUUGUAUUAUGUGUUUAUUUAUUGGCAAAACAUGUUCACCUUUAUGUGUCUAGAAACAGGAUAAGGCCACAUCCGGCCUAAUUAAGGGGUGUAGGAUCAAAGACAAUUCCCUUGGAUCCUUCUUGAGCCCUGGCCGGGCUUUAGGAGAAAGCUGGCAGGAAAAUUAUAUUAGAAAUCAUAUCAGCUGGUUUGUUUAGCAUUGUAAAAGCUGGACCACUGUCAGAGCAAAGUGGAGGAGCCUCGUGGCCUGCAAAGGUGGAGGCACUUGCAGGAGUUGCCAGUUACUGGAGUGGUUCUCCAGCCCUUGCCUGUGACAGCUUCCCCCCACAGCUGAUGUCUCUUGGACUUGGGUGAUGUAUCUUCACUGGUGAUGUAUUUUUCUUUAUCACUGUAGGCAUUCUUUCGUAGCAGUGAUUAGCAUUGCUCAGCUUAUCCCUUUGGAAAUCUUUGCUCAUGGUUAGGUGCCUUGCUUAGCUUAUCCUUUUGUGAUUCUUUGCAGUUUUACUUCAUAGUAAAUGCCACUGUUCCUUAAGCUGGUGUCUGUCUCUGACCCUACCCACAAGCAAAACAAAGUGUAGUCAGCAGGGUCAGAACAAACUGUUGCUUUUAAAAUCUAAGUGAAAGGAAUCAGUCCUGCCCAAAAUUCCCAGAUGGGAAGACCUUCCGUAUAGUUCACUGGCCCUAAAGUGGGCUAAGGUUGGAGGACCAUGUGAGCAAUGGGAAGUCAGUUAAAAGAAGCUGAACUGCUGGAUGUAUUGAAACACAUCCAAAAAUCAUAUACUAAAAAAGGAAAAGAACUUGUGGGUUUGGGAAAGCAAGGAUGGAUUUUGUUAACAGUAUAUCAAACAAAACACCAACAAAAGGAACAGUUGUUGAAAUGCUGUAACAUGGAGUGCCAGAUGUGGGUUGCAGGAUCAAAUUGUAAUGCUAAAGUGCCAAAAUAAGCUGCUUGCUGAUAAGUUGGAUUUACCAGGCUUGCCAAGAAGGCUGCACUUAAGAGUAGCUCAGUAUCAUGAAAAGAGGGGCAGGUGAAUCACAAGAAAAUGCAUACAGUGAUUGCAGAGGUGGGUGUGCAGUGGGAUUCUGAUAAAUGGAAUGGAGAUAUUUGGGAGUCUGUGGAUUCUGAUGAGGUUGGUUCCCCAGAUAAAUUUGUAGAUGUGAGACCAGCAUGGAGAUGAAAGGUAGAAUUAGAUGCUAAUGGUCAGGAGGGAUACUUAUAGAGGAUUAUACUCAGCAUGAAGUAAAUUAAAUAUUUGAACAGUUUAAGUAAAGACCAGGGGAACCUUUUUUCUCUUGGAUGGUGUGUUUGCAUAAACAGGGAGCAUCAGAGAUAACCCUAGACUCAGAGGACUCUAAGAGUUUUUCGUUUUGAGCUUGGAUUCUUUUGUGCAGGAUGCAUUUUGGAUUAACAUUCACAAUGCUAAUUAAUUAGCUUUGGAUGUAAUACUAAAUAUCCUACAGAAAAUGAUUGGGCAGGAUCUGAAAGUCAGAGGUAUACUUUGUGAGAUUGUAUAUAACAAGAUGAAUGAGAACCUCUUGUGAUUUUGUAUUUGUAGAUAAUGUUACUGAAGAUACAAGUAGUCACUCCAGUAUUUGUGCCUGUAGCUUUAUUGCAAUGACAGGAUCUUAGUUAUUUAUUUUUUGUUUAUAUUUUAAUUUUUUUUUACCUCCUGUUAUAUCCUGACAAUUUUUGGAAUCUAACUAUACCCAAAUCAAGACUUGCAGCCUACUCCCAUUGGUAUGAACUGGUAAAGGAACUGUUACAACACACAGACCUGAGGCUUGCUGAAACAGCCCCAGGAGAAUGGACAAAAGACUUUGAUUGCUGUCCAUCAUGGCGUGGCAGAAAUACAUCAUGUGAUGGAGAGGGUGAAGAAAGUUGGAGAACACAGAUGGUGGAACACUCUUUUUGUAUGGGUGCCUACAGCUACCAGAAUUCUCAACUGAGUGCUUUACUCUGGUGUUGUUUUACUGAUGCUAAUCCUUUUGCUUUUUGUUCUGAUAAUUGCAUUGUAUGUUAAUGUUAAGGUUUGGAUGAUUAUGAAACAAUUAGCUUACCAACUACCUCCACUGAUAGUAGACAAUCCAUGUGGUACCAAAGCCUGAAACGUUCUCAAGCUCUAUUUGGAUAUUGUGAAGCUUGAGUGACUGUAAUCACAGGGUGUAUUAUGUAGGAAAAUGACUAGGAACUCUGUGGACAGGUAACUGGGGGUACGAUUAGAGGAAACUGAGGACUUAGAAUGGAAAUUAUAGGGUGGGUGUUACACUGUUCCUUAAUUUGGUGUCUCUGUCUCUGACCCUACCCACUGGCAAAACACAGUCAGGACUGCAGAGCUGGGUCUUGUGCUGCCUCUUCUGCUCACAGGGAAGUCCAGUGACUGGAUGGGAGUGCUGGUGCCUCAGGGCUGGUCUCUGCCCUCCUCCAGUCCCACAGAGGGACAGUGACACCAGCACAGCCCUCUUGCCAUGAUAGUUGCUUUCACUGUGCACAGGAGGCCCUACAUGAUAGUGCAGCUGUACUCAUUCCAUCUGUAAGGUGGCUGUGUUCACCACCUCUGCCUGCUUUCCAAGUGUCACCCUUGUACUUGGCAGCCACGGCUGGAACUCUGCAGGAAGACUUACUGCAACUUGUUCUGGUACUCAUGGCACUGCCAGCAAACUGGUACUGCCCUGACCAUACUGUUUGGUGUAAAUAUCUUGCUCGAGUGUCUGUGAGAUGUCCUCAGUGUAGCUGUACUUGUGUCCAGCCUCAUCUGCCUUUCUAUAAUUUUACAGCAAUUUUUAAAAUAU